UUACGAAUGGAAAGAAGAAAUUAAUGAGGACCCUGAAGUCCUAAUGAUUAUUAAGACACGGUCCUCUCGUUUGGAAGAAUUGACAGCAAUGGUCAAGGAAAACCAUCCCUAUGAAGUUUGCGAAGUCAUCUCUUCCCCAAUUGCCCAGGGAAACCAACCAUACUUGGAUUGGAUUGGUGAAAUUGUUCCUGAAAAAAAAUGAACAGGAGUUAUGCAGCAACUAAAUUUGAAAUAAAUUCAUGAAUAUA